CGCUCGAGCCUUCCCUCUAGGCUUUUGAACACAGUGUUUUUAGCCCUUGAACUCUGAGAGCUUCUUUUAAAGAUCUCCGAUGCUGUUUUUGGAUUUGCUUACGGCAGUUUCUUUAAAAAAAUUUAAAAGAUUAUUUUUGCUCUUCAGGGUGAAGUAUUUCAUCACGAGUCUGAAAAUAUCUCUCCCUCUGGUCUCUUUACUCGUUGUCCAUCCCCCGACAUUUACAGAAUUUUUAAGGCUGCGAUUUAAUCAGACAGAUUUUCGAAGGCGACAGAGAACUCUUUCUUGCCCCUCCAAUCCCUGCUAAGGUUUCUCAGAUUUUGUAAUCAGGAGGAUCCUUUUCCCCCAGAAAUUGCUCAAUGCUGAAACUUUUCAAAGUGAUAUUAGAGACGUUGGAAGCACCAUGGAUGGGUUUUAUGAUCAGCAAGUCCCUUUUAUGGUCCCAGGGAAAUCUCGAUCGGAGGAAGGUCGAGGGCGGCCUGUGAUUGACAGAAAGAGGAAGUUUUUGGACACCGAUCUGGCUCAUGAUUCUGAAGAGUUGUUUCAGGAUCUCAGUCAACUUCAAGAGGCUUGGUUAGCUGAAGCACAAGUUCCUGAUGAUGAACAGUUUGUUCCAGAUUUUCAGUCUGAUAACUUGGUGCUGCACGCCCCCCCUCCAACCAAGAUCAAGCGGGAGCUGCACAGCCCCUCGUCAGAGCUGUCGGCCUGCAGCCACGAGCAGGCUCUCGGUGCUAACUACGGAGAAAAGUGCCUCUACAACUACUGUGCCUAUGAUAGGAAGCCUCCCUCUGGGUUCAAGCCAUUAACCCCUCCUACCACACCUCUGUCACCCACCCAUCAGAAUUCCUUGUUUCCCCCACCCCAGGCAACUCUGCCCACUUCAGCGCAUGCCCCUGGAGCUGGCCCAGUCCAAGCUGUGGGCCCCGCCCCCACCCCUCAUCCGCUUCCAGAACCCGGACCACAGCAACAAACCUUUGCGGUCCCUCGACCACCCCAUCAGCCCCUGCAGAUGCCAAAGAUGAUGCCCGAAAACCAGUAUCCAUCAGAACAGAGAUUUCAGAGACAACUGUCUGAGCCCUGCCACCCCUACCCGCCUCAGUCAGGAGUCCCUGGGGACAGUCGCCCCGGUUACCACCGGCAGCUGUCGGAACCCAUCGUCCCUGCAGCUCCCCCUCCCCCUCAGGGAUUCAAACAAGAAUACCACGACCCUCUCUAUGAACACGGGGUCCCUGGAAUGCCGGGUCCCCCAGCACAUGGGUUCCAGUCGCCAAUGGGAAUCAAGCAGGAGCCCCGAGAUUACUGCGUUGAUUCAGAAGUGCCUAACUGCCAGUCAUCCUACAUGAGAGGGGGAUAUUUCUCCAGCAGCCAUGAAGGUUUUCCGUAUGAAAAAGAUCCCCGGCUAUACUUCGAUGACACUUGCGUCGUGCCCGAGCGACUGGACGGCAAAGUCAAGCAGGAGCCCACCAUGUAUCGGGAGGGGCCCCCUUACCAGAGGCGAGGCUCACUGCAGCUGUGGCAGUUCCUGGUCACCCUCCUGGACGACCCAGCCAACGCCCACUUCAUCGCCUGGACUGGCCGGGGCAUGGAGUUCAAGCUGAUAGAGCCAGAGGAGGUUGCUCGGCGUUGGGGCAUCCAGAAGAACCGGCCAGCCAUGAACUAUGACAAGCUGAGCCGUUCUCUGCGCUACUAUUAUGAAAAGGGCAUCAUGCAGAAGGUGGCUGGGGAGCGAUACGUUUACAAAUUUGUCUGCGACCCCGACGCCCUCUUCUCCAUGGCCUUCCCGGACAAUCAGCGCCCGUUCCUGAAGGCAGAGUCCGACUGCCCCCUCAGCGAGGACGACACCCUGCCCCUGACCCACUUUGACGACAGCCCGGCUUACCUCCUGGACGUGGAUCGCUGCAGCAGCCUCCCCUAUGCAGAAGGCUUUGCUUACUAAGUUUCCAAGUGGCUUGAGCAGCCAAACCCUAGAGCUAGCAGUUCCCAUUCAGCAAACGAGGGCAGCGGUUUUGUUUGUGUCCUUGGCUGUUCCUAAAGCUUGCCCUUUGAGUAUUGUCUGAGAACCCAAGCCAGCUCUGGAUUGACGGAUACCCUUACACACAGACACCUUGGCUGGGAGUGGGAACAGGGAGGGGCCAAAAAAGGAGUCACCCCAAGGCGGUGAUUCAGACGAGGUUUCUGAGAAGAGGUGGGAAAUGGAGCCCCCUAACCACCAUGGGCAAUACAUGCAAAGCAAUACCUUGUUCAGGUUCGUACCCGCAAGACGGACCGAGUAUGUGACAAUCUGCGUCGAUCACGGACAACUAUGUCUUUGCACAGAAGGGCCCUGGUUUGCAUAGUUGAUUGAACAAAGAAGUCACAAGCCCAUAGCAGAGGAGGGGAGGCCCCAGAUCAUUAAAGCUUAAAAUAUAUCUUGGAAUUUGCAGAGUUCAUCCAGCUCACUGGAUGCUUCCCCUUGCUCCAGGAAAGGGGGACGGCUGUUACCCACUCCGUGGUUUUCCAAUCGUAAACCAUUGCUUCUCUCGGAACCCUUCCUGCCAUGUGGUCACCAAGCAGAGUGAGCCCCUCUCUCUCCCUGGGCCCACGACUGAAGGUGUAUGGCUUUCACUUGAGAAGGGCGAUUCACACUUGACAGUAUUUUGUUUUGCUUUGAUUUGGGGGGUUUGUUUGUUUUGGAAAACAGUUUAUAAACUGAUUUUUGUAAUUUUGGUAUUUAAAGCAAAAAACAAAAACAAACCUUUCGGUAACUGCACUGUGUCCCUUAGGCAGGGCCGUGCCGACUUCCUAUGAUGCCUCAGCUUGAGAGGGGCUUUGCUGGGGCCCCCUCGGCCGUGUGAAAGACCGCUUUGUUGCCUGCCUGUACCCUCUGCGCCAAGCAGCCCCACUUGCACCCGAGUUGUACAUUUCUGAAGUGUGCAGGGCAGCCUGGACACGAGCUUGGAUCCCGUGUGUAUAGCACAUCGUGUUCACUAAUGUGCCCGCUGGGCAGCAGAUGUACAUACGACAUGCCCUGUCCACUCGGAGCCCGGUCACCUGGGGGGACCCCAGGGCCGCUUCCUUGGGCAUGACUGAUGGCAACUGCCAUUCCAUCAGUUUGUUUGGUUUUCUUUUUUCCUUAAACCUUGGACUUUGAAAUCUGCGUAACAAUUCAGUAGGGUUUGAGACUUACACACAACCCUGACAGGUAAGACAGGGCUAGCAUUCUGGUUUCCUGCCACUUCCCCCCCUCCCUUAAAGUUUCUUCUGAGUGCUGUAUUAUGUUGGUGAAGUUCAAAACAACCAAGCUAAAGUUUUGUGCAAGUUGAGCUCAAAGUAGAGGAAAAGUCACCAGAAAGCCGGUAGUACCUGGCUGCUUGCUCUGUUAAGGGCUCUGUGUGCCGACUGUGCUGACUCCACGAGUGUGAGACAUCCUUUGAAAUGCUGUCCUGUGAUGGAGCACUCCAUGGUCGCCCUUACGACCAACAGCACACUGGUGAAGAAGUUCACAGGGAUGAGGGCUACAUUUUAUAGUUCUGAAAACGACAUUUCCCUCUACUGGAAGCUAAUUAGUCCACAAGUGUCGAACCUGUUGCUUGGGUCUUAAUUAGCUUUGUACUCUAAUCAAAGGACUCUUUCUAAACCAUAUUUAUAGCUUUCUAAUCUACACAUAGUCUAUACAUAGAUGCAUAUUUUACCCCCAGCUGGCUAGAGAUUUAUUUGUUGUAAAUGCUGUAUAGAUUUGUUUUUUGUUUUUCUUCCUUUCUUAUAUUGGUUUGGGUUUUUUUUUUUAAUGAAUUUAUGCUAGUUUAGCAAGUAUGAAAAUAAUUUUCUGUAGCCUGAGCUGCCCCCUCCCCUGCUGUAGCUACGAGGCCUGUGCUCGUGGGACUUAGCACGGAGGCGUCACUGUUGCAUUCCCAUUGGACUCACGCACCUCCUGGAUGGUUUUUGUUUCAGAGUUUUUUGGGGGGUUGGCUCAUUUGCUUUUCCAGAGUGUGGAAAAUCUACAGUGCAGAGAGGCUUUAUAACCUACCGGUUGAUUUUAAAUGCUUCCCCCUGUGCAGGGCUGUAUGCAUCCUGCCAAGCUGCGUUAUAUUCUGUACUGUGUACAAUAAAGAAGUUUGCUUUUCGUUUACCGGGUACC